AUCCUUACAUACAUACAUACAUGCUUUGUCUCUAUAUGAGCCGUGAGCCUAUGCAAAAGGCCUUCUGAGGCUUCUGUGUGCAUUAUAACCUCACUAUAUAUUGGGCAUUGUUUAGCAAACGGUGAUCUGUACUGGCGCAAAACAUAAAUACGUAAUUAUUAUUAAGUAAAAGAAAGUCCUCUAGAAUCUAGAUGACGAAUCAUAACGAGUCCGAAUCAAAUACAAUGGCGAAUAGCACUAGUAUUAGGAAUAGGACCGCGCUCACGAUAGGACAGAAAAUCGAAAUUUCGGAAAAAUUGGAGUGUGGUGCUUCUGUCAGAAAUUUAGCUAACGAGUAUCAGAUACAUCCUACCACUGUACGCCGCAUUCGACGGAAUAUAAUGUCAAUGCAUCAUCUCGCAGAACAAGGGAUGCAAGUAUGGAAACGAAAGAAGUUACGAAAACCUGCGUUCGAGGAUAUAGAAAAUCGUUUAUAUGUGUGGUGGUUGGAACAAAAAACAUUAGGAGACCCAGUCACAGACUUAUUAUUACAUAAUAAAGCGUUAGAGCUGAAUGAGGAAUUCGGUGGACCUUCGACAUUUAAAGCAAGUGCAGGCUGGAUAGCAAAAUUCAAAAAUCGUCAUAAUAUACGGUUGUUGCAUAAAUUUGAAAAACAUGAAGGCGAUGACAUGGUAGAAGAAGAACAUAUAGAACAAGAUAAUAUGGAAGAAGUUGUACUUGAAGAAAAGGCACAAAUUGAAUAUUAUGAAGAAGACACCAGCAAAGUAGAAAUACAACAUGCACUAGAAACACUGUCAAAAUACGCAGAACAAGCACCACGUUUUAUUAAACUUACAGUAGAAAACUUAAAAGAUUAUUUCUUGAGAGAAGAAACUUGAAACAUAACAUCAGAGGAUAUACGAGAAAAUGGCAUGAAACAUUCUAAGUGAAGGAAUUGAAACUAUGGGCACCAACUGAACAUGAUGGAUUGGAGUUUCAAGAGACUUUAAAAAUUGGUAUGAAGUUAAAUGAACAUUAUUACAACUUAACAUGUGUUUAGCUACUAAUUAGCGAUGAAAUAACGUAGUUCUGUCAUUGUUUAUUAUCUAGUGCUUCUCUAGAAUCAAAAGAUCCACAAAAGAUGACCAUUAGGUUUGGAACAUCAUUUUUUACUUACAGAUGAGUGAAGUACAUAUUAUAUGUAAAUAUUAAUACAAAUAUUAUUGUAAAUAUUGUAUAAAAUUUGUAUAUAAAUUGUAAUAAUAAAUAAUACUAUACAAUAGAACAUUUUUUAUCAUCUUUAGUAAAGCAAAAACUGGGAUACAGAAUAAAAUUCUAAUUUAAAAGUCACUUCCGAUGAUGAAGCAUCAUGUAUUGAGUACUAUUAGGCUCUGGCUGCUAUACAAUUAUUUUUAAAAAUUAAGGGGUAUUUCAGCAAUACUGUAUUGUACAAUAUUUAAUUUAUGCAAC